AUGGCAUCAAGUUUGAAGAGUUUGUCACAGAUUUGGAAUAAGACUUCAAGGUCAGACGGUGCAACUGAAGAGAUUACUCAUACGUUGGGUGUCAAUGGCAGUGGGAGUAGACGUCAAUUGUCUAGACAGUUCAAAAGUGUCUCCGAUGCUACGACGGAACAAGAACAACCACAGCCCCAAAGGAGAUUAUUACGUAGCAGAGGAGUACUUUCCUCCAUCAGCAAUCUCAAUGUAGCUAAUGUGCCCAAGGAAACUCGUAAACUCAUCCAAGCUGGUGCUGAGAAAGUCAACCAAACAUUCAAUGAUGUUCGCAACACUUUUGGAACUUGGUCCCAGAAACUCAAGAAUAAUCCAGCUAGACGUCGACAAAGGCUAGUGAAUAGUUCUCCAUACACACCAGGAAGAGGAAAAGACACUCCAAGAUCAAAACAGUUGUUGGGACGAACUCCAACUAAACUAUACAGCCCUUUUGGCAUUGAGACACCAUCGAGUCGACGUCAGCGAAAUCAUCAGAAUUUGUACGGCAAACCUGGCACGUAUACCCCCACGCGAGCCACAAGCAAUAAGCGUUCUGGCAAUAGCAGCAACAAUGCCGAUUUGGGACCCAUCUUUAAUGCUGCUUCCGUGUACAGCCCGACCCAGGCUUUCCCGAAAGACGUCCAACACGUUCGUCAAGGUGUAGAAGACUUCAACCGAGCAGCUGAGGGCGUGGUCCGUCGCAGUCUCCGACAUCAGAUGUCCACCGCCCACCUAUAAACACUCAGUUAUAUCGCUUAUUUUAGUUCUCAAAUCCAAAACGUAUUAUUCCCUUCUCUUUAUUUCCUUGCCCAUUCCGAAACGUCAUCCAGUUAUACCCAGCAGCUCGUUUAUGAGACGAUUCUUCCAACUACUUUACCUUUUUAUUUUUUGAAUCAUCAAUGCGAUUUACCUCAAUUUCUCUUAAACGUUUUUUUUUUCAUAACCAAAGACAAUUUCGCCAGGAAUCUCGGAUCCAAACUUUUGAACAAACUUUAUGUUUUCUUGCAUUUUUAAAUCUUUUUUCUUUCGGCCGCAAAAAAUAAACUCAGCGUUUUUUUCUUUUUA